AUGGAAUUAAUCCAUAUCGAUCCGCAGUCCCAGCUGAUCGCAGCCUUUGCGAAGCCAGAUAUCAGGCAGUUUGUCGCCGCCCUGAAAAGCGGUGCCAGAGCUGAUAUGCAUUACAGGCGUCAGAUAAACAUAUACGAGAAGGCACUAUCCACACCAGGCUGUCGGGAGUUCAUUGAGGCCUGCAUCGAUAACGGCUGCCAGGUGAAUUAUUAUAACAAGGCAGUGAACAUGGCCGCCGUCCACUUUGCCGCAAACUCAAUGGAUCCAGGAAACCUAGCGGGGCUCCUGCUCGACCGUUCAGGAGAAAAGGUCCAGGUGGAUAGCAAGUGCGGAUAUGGUACGCCACUAAGCUUGCUGGCCACCAAACUCACAGAGGAUAACGCAGUGGCGGUGCUAUCUUGCAUGCAGCUUCUGCUGGAACACGGCGCUUCUCCGAACUCCGUCGACCAGCGUAAUGUGACCCCUUUGCACGAAGUACUUCGUUGCAGUGUGAAAACCAAGAGGCUGGAGCUAGUGCAGCUUCUAGUUGGCCACCCGGACACAGAUAUCGAUAGCUACCACGUAGGCAAGGUGCGCCGACUACUGCAGGCAGAGUUUCCGCAGCUGCCACUGCCGAAAAGGCUUGAAACCGUAUCACAGAUCGAUAUCAAGACCCUCCAACUGGCGCUGGAGGAUGGAGAUGAUGACCUGUUUGAGCAGCAUUUCGCUGCAUACAAGACCGCGGCGGCCCAUCAAGAGAUGGCGUAUGAGGAGGAGUACUAUAGUCUGCUGAGUGAUUGUAUCCAUUGGGGCAGGCAGAGACCUUUCAAAGCUGUCCUGGCCACAGGCAUCGAUAUUAACAAAGAGUCCAGAUUGGAGGAUCUCGUCCACCUGGCCGUAUGCAGGGGCAACUGGUGGGCGCUGCAGCGGCUGCCACUGGAGCCGAACCUACGGAUUAGUUCAUCCUCCAAGCUACUAAACCUGGCCAUAGACCGCCUAGAGGAACCUCCCUUGAAUGGCUUCAACCAUCAGCGCUGCUUUUCGAUCCUAUUAAACUGCGAUCGCGUGAGCGUAAACAGGAAUAAUCUAGUAGAUCAGGUGCCGCUUGCGUAUGCGGCCAAAUUGCGAAAUACUCUGGCGAUGCAUAAACUCUUGGAGCAUGGCGCCUACAUUGGCACUCAAGGGUCACAGGGAUCAGCGGCCAUCAAUGACAUGCCGCCCGAGGUGCUCGAGGAGCACUUUGACUCCUGCAUCAUUUCAAAUGGCUGUUUGCGUAGUGAGAAUGACUUUGGGAUCACCAUCGAUCACAAAAACCUCAUACCUUGCGGAGCUCAGGUUCACGAUGAAAUGUCCGCCAUCUCUUUUAUAGCCGAGUCGGAGGAGAUGCGGCAUCUGCUGCACCAUCCGGUGAUCUUGAGCUUUCUCUUCCUCAAAUGGCGGCGUAUUUGCGUCGGAUACUGUCUGAAUUUUAUGCUCUAUUUACUAUUCACCACGUCCAUUAUCACCCACACUCUCCUUAAAUUAUACGCGAGCGAACACACGGAUCUGGUAAUGACAUUUAGAAUUGGUUCCUGGCUGGGAAUUGGCUAUCUAAUUGUUCGAGAGAUUUUUCAGUUAAUUGUUGCUGGUACUAGAUACUUUCGGUCUCUAACAAACAUCAUGGAAUGGACUCUUAUAGCACUAUCUAUUCUGACCUGCAUUCAAUUACCUUUUGACGAGGAGACGCAGCGCAUCCAGGCCGCCUUUACCAUCCUCCUGGCAUCCGUAGACUUCUGCCUGCUGGUGGGCUCCCUACCAAUACAGACCGUUUCGACGCACAUGCUCAUGUUGCGCGAGGUUUCGAACAGCUUUGUGAGGAGCUUUUCCCUUUACUCAGUCUUCGUCGUGACCUUCAGUGUGUGCUUCUUUAUCCUCUUCGGCAAAGUGGAAAAAAAGGAUGUUGAUGUCAAUAGAGAUAGUACCACGCAUGCCCCGGAAGAGGAUAUGCCGGACCUGCAGACCUUCUCGAAACCCAUGGUGUCCCUGAUCAAAACCAUAGUGAUGAUGACAGGCGAACUGAAUGCCGGGGAUCUGAAGUUUACUUGCAUCUUUACCUACUUUUUCUUCCUGCUUUUCGUUCUCUUCAUGACGAUCGUGCUAUUCAAUCUACUGAAUGGUCUGGCCGUGAAUGAUACUCAGAAUAUUAAGCGGCAGGCGGAACUGAACGGCGUAAUUUGCCUAGCCUCCCUGGUAAGCCGGUACGAACGGUGGUUCAAGGGCAACAAAUUCACGCGAAGCUUCUGCCAGAAGUUAGGGGUCUAUCCCAAGUACGAGAUCCCCCGCGGUGUUGUUAUUCGGCCCAACGAUGGCAACAAGGUGCUCACAUACGCCAUCAAUUCGGGGCAUAUAAAGCGCCUGGAAGCCCUGCCCUUUCGUUUAUCCUUCCUCGAACGUUACUCACCGAUGCCUGGCCAGAUGGUCAAGAUGGCAUUGAGGGUGAUGGAUAGUGCAGAACAAAGGCAAAAACUGAAGCAGAUCAAGGAGAGUCGGCAGAAACUCAUUGAGGACAAGCUGGCGGAUAUGGCUAAAAUGCUCCAGGAGCUCCAGGAGAGGAAAUGA